UUAAUAGAUGAAGACUUCCAACCACUUGAUCCCGUGACAUGCCAACCGUUGAUAUGGGAUAUGGAGAGGGAGGAGGCUCAGCAGAUGCAGAAUGAUAUUCAUACGCAAGUGAACUAUCAACGACCUUUACAAGGAGCGAACGUUGUUUUAACAGGUGGCUCUGAUAUAUCUAUUGGACCAAGUGGGACAGCUUGCGUCUGGAUUGAAACCAAGAAAACAAAGGAGGAUUUCAAAGAAGAUAGUGUACAAUGCAUUGCGAAGUCUAAAAUUGGUGAUCGUGGUACGGCCUUGGCGAUAAUUAAACAGUUCGUACUCGAAGAAGGAAUCAAUCUUUCCGCUUGGACAGGAAAGGAAGUCAUCUACUCAGUAGACAAACUUGCACUUCUUCAAAAGAAAACGAAGUUUCUCGAACGCAUACCUGAAGAUGAUGAGACCAGAAUGGCAGACAUGGUUGACGACAUGUCUGAACAGGAAUUAUUCAAUAUGACAGCUCGCAAAAGGUUAAGGAUGCUAAGAAAUUGGUGUAGAUUAGAUGAACAACCACAAGUAGAUCAACUUAUUAGACAAUUUAGUGAUGAUUAUGAAAAACUAUCACCGAUGAUGUUCACAUAG